AGUUGUAGAUGUCCCUUGGUGACUCAGACCCCAUCUCUGUUUUUAUUUUUCUCCAACUUACUCUCUGGUCUUCAUAAAGAGUUGCUUAUCCUCAUCGCCGUCUUCUUCUUCCCCCAUACCUUCCAAUUAUUAGUUUGUCUAUCUAUAAUUAUAUCCUUUCCCUCCAUUUCACUCAUUCAUUCAAUAAUCACUCCCUCUUAUUUGACCCAUCUUAUCCCCAUGCCUCCAGCGGCCACUUCCUCCAUGUCCUCAUCGGAACCUCCCAAGCUUCACGCCUCCGACAUCGGCAGUAUUAAAUCCUUCGCCGAUUCCAAUGGACUCUCUCCCAUCCCUUCCUCCUACUACUCUAUCGUUGAACCCCGAGACGACGUUGCCGACGAGCUCGCUUCUUCCAUCCCCGUCAUCGAUUUCUUACUCCUUACUUCCGACGACCCCCUGCUCCACGCCGACGCCGUCACCCAACUCGGCAAGGCCUGCGCCGAAUGGGGCUUUUUCAUGCUCACGAAUCAUGGGAUUUCGGAGAAGCUGAUGGCGGAGGUGAUGAACAAGGCUCACGAAUUCCAUAACUUGCCGGUCGAGGAAAAGAAGGAAUUCGCCGAUAGGGGUCCCUUUUCUCCCAUACGACAUGGCACCAGCUUCCACCCUCAAGUAGAGAAGGUUCAUUACUGGAGAGAUUACCUCAAGGUCAUCACGCUUCCAGAAUUCAAUUUCCCCAACAAACCCCCUUUCUACAGGGAGGUUGCUUAUGAUUAUAGCGGGAAGAUCAGGGCGAUAGCGAGGACUUUGCUGCAAGGGAUAUCGGAGAGCUUGGAAUUAGAGCCCGAGGCCCUCGUGGAGUCCACUGGUUUCGACUCUGGUUUGCAGAUCUUCGCCGUCAACCUCUACCCUCCUUGCCCUGAGCCAGACCUUGCCCUGGGCAUGCCUCCUCACUCCGAUCACGGCCUCCUCACCCUUCUCUACCAGAACGGAAUCGGAGGCCUCCAGGUCAAGCACGACGGCAGGUGGAUCAGCGUGGAUCCUCUUCCCAGCUGCCUCAUCGUCAACACUGGAGAUCAACUCGAGGCGGUGAGCAAUGGGAGGUACAAGAGCAUCUUGCACCGUGCAGUGUUGAACAACAAGGACACAAGGAUAAGUCUGGUGCUGGUGAAUGGACCAGACUUGGAGAAGGAGAUAGGUCCGGCGACGGGGCUGGUGCAGAAAGAGGAGCCAUUGUUCAAGAACAUCAAGUACAGGGACUACUUCCAGGUUCAGCAGCGGACCAGGUUCGCGGACAAAAGUGGAUUAGAUGAGAUUCGGAUUAAUCCUAAAAACUGACAUCAAUACUUUAUCAUCACUGCUUAUUAAUCGUUCAUAUGUGUUGUCGUGGCAGCAAACCUACGUGGGUGUUGGGUGUAGACAUGAGUAGAGUUUGUGUGCGUUUUGUGUGAGGGGAUGUGAGCGGCUUGUAGUGUUUGUGUGGAUCGCUUCUGGUUACUCUGGUUGAAGUGCUCAAUAAUGCAGGAUUUCCAAAUCCACAACGUGGCUGGCAGAUUACGAUAAAAUAUU